AUGAUUGUGGGAUGUCUCUGUAGAAAUGAAGUUGAGAGAGGAUCAGCCGCUCACUGCUCAUAUGAAAUUUGUCUAUGUACUGACUUGCGGACAGAAAUCAAAGCGUUCAACUACACGCACAGCGUGGAACGGCAAAUACUAAGGAUGCAUGUUGAUCAACUUUGUAAAGCGCUUGAUACAACAAAUCUCGAUGAUGAGAUAAAACCACAACUGAGCACCUCUGACGAGUAUCGUUCUAUAUCGUUAUGUGCACUCCAACGUAUCGCGACGUUAGGUGUCGGCGGAUUCGGUCGGGUCGAAUUGGUGAAAGCAAACGGAAAAGUGUUUGCACUAAAGGUGAUGAACAAGAAGCAUGUGGUGGAUUUGAAACAGGAGAAACAUGUGAUGUCUGAACGAAAAAUUCUGUUGUCUUCAGAUUCGCCUUUUAUUGUGAAGUUGCAUAAGACUUUCAAAGAUGCCGAGAAGCUCUAUAUGCUCAUGGAACCAUGCCUGGGUGGUGAAGUGUGGACGAUUUUGAAACGGAGAGGUCGGUGCGAUAGCGAAGCGGCACGAUUUUAUUGUGCAGCAGCGAUAGAAGCGUUACAAUACCUUCACGAUAGACAGAUUGUUUAUCGAGAUUUGAAACCAGAGAAUAUGUUGUUGGAUAGGGGUGGAUACCCGAAACUCGUUGACUUCGGUUUUGCGAAGCGAAUAGGACCUGAGGGCAGAACAUGGACGUUCUGCGGUACGGCUGAGUACGUGCCUCCGGAAAUUGUCCUGAACAAGGGUCAUGACACCUCGCUGGAUAUCUGGGCUCUCGGGAUUUUUAUGUACGAGUUACUGUCUGGAUCACCACCUUUCUCGAACUCUGACCCCAUGGUUGUAUAUAACGCAAUUCUGAGGGGUUUUGAUAAAUGGGCAUGGCCAAGAUAUUUCACAAAGGAUUCUAUCAACUUGAUACUUUCACUUUGUAAACAAGAUCCGGGCUUACGUUUGGGUUAUGGUCACCUCGACGACGUUCGUUCGCAUCCAUGGUUUAACGGUUUUGACUGGGCCGACUUUCGUGCCCGGAAUAUGAAGCCACCAGUAGUGCCUAUGAUAAAAUCCGAGGUCGAUACGAGUAAUUUCCUCACGUUUCCAGCAGUUGACUCAUUUGCAACGGGUAGCGACGAAUCUGGAUGGGACUUUGAGUUCUAA